AGGAACGCAGAAUCAUACUAACUGGAAAAUUUCAGGAGAGUGACUUCAGGAAGAUAAGAACUCCCCGCUGCAAGAAUAACUGAUGAAUUAUGCUCUGCCACUGAUAACAUCUAGAAGACUCAACAUGAAAUCUAAAGUUGUUUUUUUCGCUUUCCUCAAUUUUCUCUUAGUGAGCUCUGGAUAUUCUGAGCCUUCCCAAGCAACAAAUAACUUGGUCACCCAAACCGUCUAUGGAUUUUUGGAUUUCACUACAACAAUAGGAAAUACAGUGAUGAUUUUUUCUCCGCAAAGCUCUGAAGUGAAGCAAAUAGAUAUUUCAACUACUCCAUCGACGCCUAAAAAGGAAGUCAUCGAGAGCAAGCCCCCAAAUCCCAUUACGACAUCUUCAAUCGACAUCAAGCCAUCCAAAAUUGUAAAAGCCGUCGAAAACAAACCCACAAAACCUCUUGAGAAGAUAGUGACAGUCGUUAAUGUAAUCUCCGAGUCUUCCCAACUCUCGGACAAUAAAAUAACGAAACCCCAGCCAUUCUCCGAAGUAAAUGUAAUUAAGGCAUCAACUGAAAACGUCGCCAAAACCCCAUUGAUAAUUUCCAGCAGAGUGGAAGUGGUCGAAGCAGCCACAACGAAGUUACCUCCCAGCAUAAUAUCUAAAGUAGAAGUUUUAAGUGGUCCAGUUGCGUCGUCUAAGAUCGAUAUAAUUACGAAUAAAGACAUCGAGGCCGUACCAGAUGUUGAAGACUCUUCCUUGAUAUUCGGCAAUAACAUCGGAGAACCUGAAUACGAAUUCUUAUCGAGGCAGCCUUCGGAAGUCGUUGAAGAGACGUAUAAAGUCAUCAAUUUCAAACCAGCGAGUUCAAAAUUCAUCUUGAAGCCUAGACAAUCCAACGAUCAUAAGCACAAAGCUACCACGAAGAAAAACAAUUCGAUACAUCCCACAGGCUUGGUGACUAAGCUUGGAGGAACUCUAGUCAAAGAUGGCACAACCAUAGUCCAUGAAACUAGUGUUAUAGGAACCUUCAUUUCAGGAAAAUAUGCACAAGUACUUCAGAGCAGUUCACACGUAGUGGGUUCAUCCCCUAAAGGGAAGAUAUCCGCAUCUCCAACCCUGAGAAUUUUGAAGACAGCGGCGCCAUCUGGACCAAAAGCAGGGAAACGGCAUUUGGAGCCCACACCCUCAGCUUCCAUAAAUGAGGAGACAGCUGUGGAAAAUAGCCAGUCUAAUAGUUUCAAACCCGGUAAAAAAAAUGGUCAGAAGAGAUUCAAGAAUAGACCCAAUGAAGAGGCUCACAGCAAUAAAGAAGAUAACAGGGAAAGGUCAUCUCAAGGUUCUAAAAAAAAAUCCUCCGGUAGAUCUAACGCAAGGAGUUCUAAAAAACACACAACACACAGAACCCACAAAUCCGGUCGAGGUAAUAGAAAAUCAGCCACUACAACUCCACCGUCUGUACACAGCGACGAUGAAUCAAGCCCUCCGACGACAAGAAAAUACCAAUCCAGCGGCGGCAGACGCAACAAACAGAAUCGAUCCAACCCGUCCGAAUCGGCAAUUAAUAACAGCAACGGGGGCGGAUUCAGCAGGAGGGCGUACAAGCCCAAAGUUCAAACAUCAUCAGUCGAAGCGGGCGCAUCUACCAAAUUAUACAAAUUCAAGCUGAACCGUUCGCCUGGAAGGUGGCAAUACAAGACGACGCCAAAGCCGAGGGUGACAAUUAGGAAGCAAAACAACCAUUCGACGGAGGAGGACGAGUACAAAAACGAAACGUCGCAGCUCACGGCCGCCGCCGCCGCCCCCCGACCUGCGGGCGACGCUUCGUCCUUAUCGAAUGAGGCCUCCGCGCCGCAAUCGAGGCAACAGGAGGACGCGGACGGCUUGGAAGGAUCAGAAUCAGUCGCUUCAAUAAUUGAUGACGGCGGUGCCAUUGAAAACAAACUUGACGCGCCGUCCUUUCCCCUGGAGACCAUCAAAGUCGAGAUUUCCACGCCGCCGGACUUCAAAGAUAUAUACUACGAGAUUGCCACCAUCAAGUCCCCGUACACGUUUCAGGUUGGCAGCGUGAAGAACACGAGAUUUAUCACUGUGACAUCAACGUUCGAAAAAAGCCUGAUCAAUACGGAGGAACCAACAGUAUCUCCGACCCCAUCAGCGCCCUUAACGGAAAAUAUUUUAGCUACAUCCAGCAAUUACGACAAAGACAACAAUUUCCUCGAUUCGAGUAUAGCAACUUUACCUCCUAUUUAUCUUGGAUCGGACAUGGAGACCCCGCCCCUGGAGACUGUUACGGAGACGUUCAGCACGACGGAAACGAUGCUGAAGACACAUAUAUUGCCUAUUAUUCGCAGUCCGAAUGAUACUACCACUUCCUCUCUGAUCCAAACUUACUUGAUAACGCGCUUAGUUACAGCAACUAAAACGAAACCCCCGAUGGAGGCGUACGAUUUCGUCCCGAGCAAGACACUGAAGGAGUUCAACAGCCAUCUGGACGAGGCUGGCUCGGAGCUGCACUUAGAGCUCGAGUUCGGCGACCAGAACGAACAGGAUGAGGGAGUGCCAAAACGUGUCUUCCCGCCCGACAUCGAUUUAUCGGACAUCGGGAGCAAGUUCGAUUUGUCCGACGUGGAUAAAAAUAGGGUGCCUGAGGGACAUCUGAGAUUGAAGAAGGCACACUCGACUACUUCGAAGAAUCAACUUCUCCCCGACCUGAAUUCAGCAUCUAACUUCAGCCCUGAUCAACUUCAACAAUUGGCCUUCCUUCGUUUGCUCAACCCUGCAGCCGCCCUUCAGCAACCUCAAGUGAUAACAACAUCGAAGCCAGUUCUGAGGGUGGAAACAUCGUACGAAUCGUACGUGAUCCCGAUCACGAAUGGGCAGCAUACGUUUGCGACGACCUUGUCGAAAAUUGUUGGUACGGUCACAAGAACCGAAUACGAGUAUGCAACGAGCACCAUAAGUCCUGGAAUGCCACAGCAACUUCAGUUCCCACAGGCUCCGCUCAAUCCCCUGUUUCCACCUGUACCUCAAGCACAAAUACAAUUCACAGUUACUUCUUCUCCAGUCGUUCAAACGACGACAGUAACAGAAACAAGGAGUAAAGUACUUAAAAUAACAUUUGGUGCUAAGACAGCAUACACAACAGUACUCUCUUCCACUGUUGUACCAACAGUACUUACAACUUACGUAACAUCUUCAGUUCCUGUACAGCCAACCGCAGCUUUUCCUGGUUUCUUCCCAGCCCCCUAUCCACCAUAUCCGUAUGUAGGAUGACGAUGAGUAUGAAAUAAUAGUGUUGGUAAAGACUAUGAAUGUGUGAUGUACAAAUGAAGAGGAGGUUCAAACUGUAUAUAUGACUCAAGAAUAAUACUCAUAAGCAUAAAAUUCAUGACAUUUGGAAAUUUAUUAUAUGAAAAUGCUCUCCAAAUAAUGCCAACAUAGAACUGAUUUUUGUAACUUAGAAUUGUCGACGAGGUGUUGUAAAUAUUGUUAUUUAAGAUAAAAUAAAUUUUUUUCAAUACA